CCCGCCGACGCCGUGUGCAGCCGGAGCGGCCUCUCGGGCCGCCUCGAGUGCGUGUGCUCAGCCGGGACCCGCGGCUGCGACCUCGGCUCCUUCGACCCCGAGCGCGGCCCCUUCUGCUCGUACGCGUGGGCCGGGCGGGAGCUGCGGAGCUUCUCCUUCCACCUCCUGGUGAACCCCGGCGGCUUCGAGGCGCUGCGCUGGGUGGAGGCGUCGUUCGGCAGCACGGCCGAGGGCGCGGUGGAGGGAUGUCCCCUCACCGACAUCUUCGUGGGCCGCAGCCGCCACGGGCUGGGCAAAGCGUCCAAGGAGCACCAGGCGCUGUUCGUGGCCGUGGACGGCGAGGAGAUCUGGUACAAGUGGUACCAAAUCCUGGUGGUGCGGCAGGGCCCGGCCGAUCUCUCCGUGACCAACGUGUCCUACAACGGCAGCGCCGCGCUGGAGAGCGCCGAGAGCGUCGAGCUGGCCGAGCUCGUGGCCACCAACGAGGGCUGCGAGGCGACCUCGAGAUCCUUCACCCUGGAGGAGGCCACGGAGGUGGAGCACGGCUGGAGCUCGGAGCUGCCGGCGCUGGCGGCCGCCCGGGGGCUGCUGCGGGCGGCUCCGCCGGUUCUGCGGGAAUCGGGGGGUUGGGAUUUGGGCCGAGUCAUCACCGUGCCCUGGGUGGGAGGCGCCAGCGCGGGCGAGUUCGUGUCGAGGGUGCACCGGGUCACCGAGCGGCUCCCGGCGCGCUCCCGCUGUGCCCUGGUUCUCCGCGGGCUCCGGCGUGAGCUCCGCGUCCCCUUCUCGGCGCUGCUCACCCGGGAAUUCCGCUCCGGUUACCGGCACCGGGCGCUCCUCACCGGCUGGGCUCGGAGCCGGGCGGUCACCGGAGCCCGAGCCGGCCUGGAGCGCUGCCGCCCCCUCGCCGAGCUGCCGCCGUGCCCCAGCUGAGGACGGCCACAAAAAAAGCAAAAAAACCCCGAAAAUCCAUG